AUGAAGCUACUCUCUCUUUUUUACCUCUCAACUGCGGCUUAUGCCCUUUCUAUUCACUCUCGGCAAAAUGGCCGGUUUUUCCGUGGACCACCCAAUUUCAGAAACGGCGAUAUCACUAAUGGCGACAUUCCUCAAAAUGAUGCCAAUAACGGUGCCAACCAAGGUGCCGGAAAUGGGGCAAACAACGGCAACAUUCCGCAGGAUAAUCCUCAGGAUAAUCUACAGGAUGGUGCUGACCAAGACAAUGGCAACGGAGCGGGUGAUGGUGCCAAUAACGGAAACAACGGGGGGCAGGGAAAUGAUGCUGGUCAGGGAGCUGGCGACGCAACUGGCGGCGGUGAUGCGGCUGUGGCGGACGGCCAGACAGUAGUAUUCACCGAAAUCAACGGCAUUCCUGGCAACGAGUGCCUUACAUUCCGAAACAAUGGCGAGAUCGUUGAUGCAGCUUGUGUCAAUACCGCUGCAGACCGUCAAGUUACCCCUUCAACAGUCAAUGGGCAGAACGCACUACAAGUCCAACGAACCUUCACCGCAGGCUUCAGACCUGAUCUUGUGGACGUUCAAGCAUGUAUCGGAUUCAAUGGAACUCAUUUCCGUGCUGAGGACUGCAACGCCCAGGGAGUCGAGCCAGUGACCUUCCAGAACGGCCAGUUAGUGGCCUCUGGCGGUGCUUGCGCGAGCGGUCACGAUGAUUUGGCACAAAUGACAGUCGACACAGCCGGGGCCCAGUGUGCGACUUACACAACCACCAAUGUGCAACCUGCAGCGGCUUGA